CUUUCCAUGUAAUGACAACUAUUGGACACACUUUAUGUAUGCCUUUACUCUGCCUUAUUUUAUUGUGUGUUAAAGGCGCCGACCCCGCCAGCUACAUACGUAGUCCAACUUGCAACGUCUUGUCAUGACACAGCUGGCUGGGAGUUCAAAUAAUUCAGCGCUUGAGAGGUCGAGAACUCCAUGGCUACCAAAGGAGAGCUGUGCUUCAUCUUCUCGUCGAUCUUCAUCCUGGGAUUUUCUCGAGCGGAACUGUACUACAGGAAUUUCACCAGUGAAUUAAAUGGUCCCCUGUAUCCGCUUGAUCCAUCCGGCUUGAGUGGCCGCUACACUGAUUUAUGGUCCAACUACACCGACACGGACAUGAGCUUCCAGGUGUGGAUGCUGAGCUAUGACGCCACAACACCAAGAUCGUUCUUCCUGGCACUGGUUGGAAUUUGCAAUCCAAGUAAGCUCUGGGACCUCACAAAACCGGUCGUUCUGUGGAAGGCCCGUCAGACGAGGCUUGUAGGAGAGAAUGCCACUCUAGCAUUCACCACCGAUGGAGAGCUCAAGCUUGAAGAAGAUGGCGACGUUGUCUGGUCCUCCAACACCACAAACAAAGGCGUCCGGUGGCUUGCCAUAUCCGACAGCGCGACCAUAAUGCUCCUGGAUGAAAGUGAAAGCAAUGUCAUCUGGCAAAGUAGCGACGAACCUUCUGACACUGUGCUGUUGCAACGAGCGCUUAAGCCGGGAUAUAAGCUCGUAAGUUGGAAUACUUCAGAAGACAGCAGCGACGGCCUGUAUAGCCUUGUCAUGGAGAAGAACAGGCUCAAACUGUUGUACGACUCGCAACCAUACUGGAGCUUCGGUAAUAUUACCAGAGAGGAAGAUAUGUUUGCGGUCUUCUGCUGGCAGCCAAAUGGAGUCGUGUCCCUGGAUCUCCGAACUAAUUUCUCACAGAUAGCCGUUGCGGGCUUGGUACAGCCGGAGUCUUGUGCCAUACCUGGUUCUGAAGACCAAGCGAUGCAGCUGCCAAUAAACGGGUCACAGUUCACGUCCUCCACUUUCAUAAGGCUCACACCAGAUGGAGAUGUGGACCUGUACUCCUGGAAUUGGACGGGUAGCAACUGGGUGACUUAUCUCAGCUUUUCCAAUCACUUCAAGUGCUUCCUUCCAAGUGCAUGCGGGAAAUAUAGAACCUGUAAUCCAACAUUAGGUACAUGCGAAGAUACUUGUCCCGAGAGCUUUACCAAGAAAGAUGAAGAUUGCCAGCCAUCGUUUCCACUUCAGAUGUGUGAGGAGAUGGAGUAUCGAUUCGUUCGGAAGGAGGGAACUGAUUACUUCUCCACAAAUUAUACUGAUCCACUCAAUGUUGCAUCGGAAGAAGAUUGUCAAGGGCUGUGUGAGUCGAAUUGCAACUGCACGGCUGCCUUCUAUAGUGACCGGGCCUGCUUUCUCGUGCAUGGAGACGUGCAAUCACUUCGAACUGGACAAUACGUUGCGUUAUUGAAAGUUGCACAGCCACGAAAGAAUUCCAGGAAGCACGUCCAGGCCAUCACCUUGGGAGUACUUAUUCCAACAGUCGUCCUACUGAUAGUAAGCCUCGGAUGGCGCUGCCGGAGGAACAAGGAAGAUGACGACGAGGGAGAAGAAGAAAGCACCUUGCAGCUCUCUCUCAUGGCUGGCAUGCCGAGGCGUUUUAGUUACCAGGAGCUCCAGCAAGUCACAGGGAACUUCAGUGACAGACUGGGAAGCGGAGGAUAUGGAAGCGUGUUCAAAGGAAAACUUACCGAUGGAACUGAAGUCGCUGUGAAGAAACUUGAAGGCUCCAAUCAGAGGAGCAAAGAUUUUUUCGCCGAAGUUGGAAUCCUAGCCAGGACGCACCACUGGAACCUCGUCAAGCUGCUGGGAUUCUGUGCCCAAGGUCCCAGGAAAAGGCUCCUUGUGUACGAAUAUAUGAAGAACGGGUCCCUGGAGCGAUGGAUAUUUGAAGACGAUAGAAAGCCUGGCAGUUUUACAUGGGACGUUAGAUACAACAUUGCCUUGGGCACAGCAAGAGGAUUGAGUUACUUACAUGACGACUGCGCUGAGAGGAUCAUCCACCUGGACCUGAAGCCGGAGAAUGUGCUCGUCGACGAUGGUUUCCAGCCGAAGAUAGCCGACUUCGGAUUGUCCAAGCUCAUGGACAGGAAGGAAAGCCAGCUACAACUGACAAUUGCGAGAGGCACCCCUGGAUACGUCGCACCCGAGUGUGUUCAGGAAGGAACGGUGACUGAGAAAACCGACGUUUUCGGCUACGGGGUACUGCUGCUCGAGAUGUUAACAGGUUGCAAGAACAGGAACCUCUCAAGUGAUUACCUGAAGGACUUCUUGUUAGUCAGUGGACAGAACGACAGUGCUGCUGCUCACCUCCAUCAAGACGAGAAGAAAAGAGAAAGAUUGAAGAACGUUGCAGCCUUGUGCGUCCAAGACGAUCCAGAUUUACGGCCCUCGAUGAGCAACGUGGUACAAAUGAUACUGGGAGUUACUGAGCUGCCUCAAAUGCCCUCGCGAUCACAGCUGAAUUUCUUUCUUGCUUACAGAUCCAAAGAGCACUUGAACAGGAGCUCAGGCUCGGACGUCUCGCAUAGGAGUUUUGAUAAGUUGCUGGAUUCAUCGAUGUCAUCGACGUCAUUUGCAAUUUUCUCACAAAAUAGUGGUCGAUAGUUAAA